AUGCCUGGCAAACCAGACUACAAAGUUGCUGAUAUCUCAUUGGCAGAAUGGGGAAGAAAAGAGAUAACAAUGGCAGAAAAUGAAAUGCCGGGAUUGAUGGCAUUACGUAAAAAAUACGGGUCAAAGAAAAUAUUGAAAGGAGCAAGAAUAGCUGGUUGCUUGCAUAUGACUGUACAAACAGCAGUUCUCAUUGAAACUCUGGUUGAACUAGGGGCAGAGGUACAAUGGUCAUCAUGCAACAUUUUCAGUACUCAAGACCAUGCUGCUGCGGCGAUUGCUAAAACCGGAGUGCCAGUUUACGCCUGGAAAGGUGAAACUGAAGAAGAAUACACCUGGUGCAUUGAACAAACUCUUGUUUUCAAAAAUGGAGAACCACUUAAUUUGAUACUUGACGAUGGUGGUGAUCUUACAAAUCUUGUUCACGACAAAUAUCCUCAGUAUUUAGAAAAUUGCCGGGGAGUAUCUGAAGAAACAACUACUGGAGUUCACAAUCUUUAUAAAAUGGUUAAGAACGGUACUUUAAAAGUACCAGCAAUUAAUGUUAAUGAUUCUGUUACAAAGAGCAAAUUUGACAAUCUUUAUGGAUGUCGUGAGUCAUUGAUCGAUGGAAUAAAACGCGCAACAGACGUAAUGAUUGCUGGAAAAGUUUGUAUUGUUGCUGGAUAUGGUGACGUAGGUAAAGGAUGUGCUCAGAGUCUUCGUGCUCUUGGUGGUCGCGUUAUCAUUACUGAAAUAGACCCGAUUAACGCCCUGCAAGCGGCUAUGGAAGGCUACGAAGUAACAACUAUGGAAGAGGCUGCUCCAAAAGGACAAAUUUUUGUAACCACAACUGGUUGUAAAGAUAUCAUUGGAGGUCAUCACUUUGAAGUCAUGCGAGAUGAUGCCAUUGUCUGUAAUAUUGGACACUUUGACUGUGAAAUCCAAGUUUCAUGGUUAGACAAGAAUGCUAAGGAAAAAAUAAAUAUCAAACCUCAAGUUGAUAGAUACACUCUGAGCAACGGAAGACAUGUUAUUGUUUUGGCUGAAGGACGUCUUGUUAAUUUAGGAUGCGCCACCGGACAUUCUAGUUUUGUGAUGAGUACUUCGUUCACUAAUCAAGUUCUUGCGCAAAUUGAACUGUGGACUAAAUUUGAUUCCUACAACAUUGAUGUUCAUAUGCUUCCUAAAAAGUUGGAUGAGGAAGUUGCUGCAUUACAUCUUGAUCAUCUUGGUGUUAAAUUAACUAAAUUGACUCCUGAUCAAGCUAAAUACUUAGACAUCCCAGUCAAUGGACCAUUCAAGCCUGAUCAUUACAGAUACUAA